GUGUAUCAACCCAAUAUUAAAAGGGUUUAGCAAAUUAGAUUGGUUUAAGUGUCGUAGGAAGCGAUAGUGAGGUGGAAAAGUGGCGUUAAAAUGUGGAAAAAACUUACUUGUGUUUGUUUAUUAACGAUUUUUAAUAUUUGUGAUGCAGGUUACAUUGCUGCUGUUGUUGAAUAUAGCUCGCUCAACGAACCAACUCCAAACCAAACUAUUGAAAGGAACGUAGUGAAUUAUGUUAACACCAUAGAAUCUCUAAAACAACAUAACGUUCAAAUAGUCGUUUUUCCCGAAUAUGGAUUGACAGAUUUGGUACAAGACCCAGAGAACUAUUCCAUAAUUGUUCCACCUUUAUAUACUUCUGAUUUUUCAAACGCUAGCGAUGCAUUGCUAAGACUUUCGAAUGCUGCUAGGGAGCAUGGAAUGUACGUAGUGGUAAAUGUGUUGGAACAGGACCAUGAUAACUCUACAAACAACACACUUUACUACAAUACAAAUGUGGUUUUUGCAAGUAACGGAACAUUAGUUGCAAAGUAUCGCAAAAUCAACUUAUUUCAAGAACCAAAACUCACGCCUGGAAACGAGUUAGUAACCUUCACAACUGAUUUUGGUAAAUUUGGCUUGAUGACUUGCAUGGACAUUUUGUACUACAAUCCAUCCCAAACGCUGCUGGACGGUACCAAUGUGACGGAUGUGAUCUAUCCAGCUGCUUGGAACUCGUACCUACCCUUCUACCUCUCUUUGGAAGUCCAAGUGGGUUAUGUUUUGGCUAACAAAGUGAAUUUGUUAGCUGCUAACAUCAACGAACCUUCAAAUGGUACUGGCGGUAGCGGUAUCUAUCUUAACGAUGGUACCGUGCUAAGAAGAGUGAUCACCGACAAAGCUGCAACGAGCGUUAUUUUUGGUAAUGUGGACACAGUUAUCAAUACUUCAGAUUUUAUUCUGAGCGGAUUUGACUUGCUGUCAGGCGGUGAUAUUACACGCGAACGUCUAGCAAACUACAAGAGAUUGAGGGAUUUCGACCAUCAAGCCUAUACCUUCAGAUCUUUGGAUCUGUCCAAAGAAAACAUUUCAGAACCUUUAUGCCACGACUGUUUUUGCUGUAACUUUAAUAUUGUCGCACUACAGAAUGAAACAAAUUCAUCGGAGGUAUAUAAAUUGCUGGCAUACAGUGGCCAAACGAUAUUCGAUUCCAAAUCCGUCCAGAUCCAACUAUGCGGAGUGGUGGGUUGCCUAACCGAUGACGUAAGCACAUGCGGGGAAAUCCCUUCCUCUGCAUACACCACGAAAUUCAGACAGAUAUCCAUAAACAGCACUUACAUGCCUCGCAAUCCACAAGCUUUCUUCAGACCAAUGAGCUUAAAAGGCGAUUUGCUAACGAUUGAUAACGCGACUUACUCGGAAGUUGUGGAUGAAGACUCUCUGGAUGAAGUGAUUUUAAAUUUUACUGUUACAACGACUAGCGAUAACGUAGUUUUGUUUGGUUUGUACGGCAGAGAUGACUCUAGUAUUGUUAGUAUUAGCGCACUGUUUAUAGGUGUGUUAUUCUUAAUCCAGAAUAUUUUUUAAAUCAGUAUAUUUGUUAAGUUAUUUAAAUAAUUUUGGUAUACAAUAAAAAAAUUUACAAUUAAA